AUGAAAAAUCACAUUGCAACACACACUGGUGUACGUCCUUUUAUUUGUUGGGUUUGUGGAAAGGCCUUUGGUCAAAAAGCAACAUUAAACAAUCACAUGAUGAGGCACUCUGACGACAGACCUCACAAAUGUUCCAUUUGUGGAAAAAGAUUCAAGCUCAAAAAUGCUAAAAAUUUUAAAGAGCUGAAACUCCCAGCUUAUCAUCACUGUCCUUUUUGUGAUUAUUCAUCUCGUAUUGUCAGUAAUGUUAGACAGCAUAUUUUGACACAUACAGGGGAAAGACCAUACAUUUGUACUCAUUGUGGUGCAGAAGAUAGUACAUUAAAUUCAAAAUGGACUCCCAGAGUGCUGCAUCAAUGUACUCAGUGUGAAUACAUUUCUUUAAAACUCGGUGAUAUGAAGCGUCAUGUUAUGACACAUACUGGUGAAAAACCUUUCAAAUAUGCAAUAAUAUGCAUAAAAUAUAGAUCGAUGAAACUUCAUUGUUGUCCUCAUUGUGAAUACAGAGCAAUUAGACUGAGUGAUGUGAAGCGCCACCUUUUAACUCAUACUGGUGAACAACCUUUUGAAUGCUCAUAUUGUGGUAAAAGUUUUAGUCAGAAGUGCAAUCUUACAACACAUAUGUUAAUUCAUACUGGUUUGGAAGAAUUCUCUCAAUGCACAGAGAAGAUUGUUAAACAUCAUCAAUGCCCACAUUGUCAAUAUUCUUCACCUAGAUUGAGUGAUUUGAAACGGCAUAUUAGAACUCAUACUGGCAUUCGUCCUUUUGAAUGUGCUUUGUGUGAUGGUGAAUAUUAUUUCAGCAGCUGUAAAGAUAUUUCCAAGCGGCAUCAGUGUUCUUUUUGUGAUUAUUCUUCAAAUAAUCUGAGUGAUGUUAAGAAACAUAUUUUAACUCAUACUGGAGAGAGACCACACAUUUGUUCUGUUUGUUCAAAAAGUUUUUCUCGGAAAGAUGUCUUAAAAAUUCACAUGCGUAUUCAUACUGGAGAAUUUCCUUUCUGCUGUCCUACUUGUGGUAAACGUUUCAAUCAGAAGAUUUCCUUAAGGACUAAGUUUCUUAGAUGUCCUCACUGUGAAUAUUCUUCGCCAUUUUUGAGUUACUUGAAGCGUCACAUUUUUACACAUACUGGAGAACGUCCUUUCAAAUGCCAGCUGUGUGAUAAGUGUUUCUCUCAACAAAAUAGUGGAAAUAAUUGUUCUUCAAUGAACACAGCACCCAAGCGCCAUUAUUGUUCUUUCUGUGAUUAUUCUUCAUCUCUGUUAGCUAAUGUAAAACGACAUAUUCGCACGCACACUGGAGAACGUCCAUUUCUAUGUUCAUUUUGUGGUAAAGGAUUCAUCCAGAAAGGUGGACUUGUGGCUCACAUGUGCAGUCACACAGGAGAGCGCCCGUUUCAUUGUUCUGUUUGUGUCAUAGAAAUUGGUUACAUUUGCUUACAAGGAGAAGGAGAAAAAACUGUCAAAAAGUAUUUUUGUCCGUUUUGUGACUACUCAUCUCUUGUUGGUGGGCAUGUCAAAACCCAUAUCUUGACGCACACUGGUGAACGUCCUUUUAAAUGCAGUGCUUGUGGCAAAGGAUUUAAGCAGAAAGCUCAUCUUAACAAACAUAUGAAUGUCCACUUAUCAUAGCUUCUGAUUAUAUUACUGUGUUAUUGGAUAUAAGAUAUUCAUUAGAAAAUGUAUCUAUUAAUUGGGUUAACAAUAA